UUGAUCACAUUUCAGCCUGUCGAUCGCCCUAGGUUACCUCCAUGUACUGUCGACUGUAGCUUGCUAAAAGGAGAGAUAGAAUGUGCCUUUUGUGAAGAAUGUUCCUUUGGAUUCUCUUUUUUGGAAAACACAUUUGGACGGGUUGUAUGUACGAAUUUCCGCCUCCGCUUCGAGCCAGUGGCUAAGCCUGAGGACGAUUUAGCGCCACGGUUCAAGCCAUUUCAUGAGAGAUGGGAUAUUCCUCUUUGUUCAAUUCAUUCUAUAUUUUAUGCACCUGUGAAGCAAAACCAAUCGUUAACAAAGAAAAAGUUCAUUCCUGCAACGAUUUCUAUUUCUAGUUUGGAGGUUGUUUCCUGUAUUAGGCUUCACCUGAAGGAUUUCCGGAUAGCAACGAUUGAUUUGCGUGGUUCUCAGAAUGGUGUUAGUCUGCUUAAUCAAAUCCUGUUUUUCUCUCGCCCUCUGAAAAUCGAUAAUAUUGUUCAAUCAGGAGCUGAGGUCGAAUGGAGAGGGAAAUUAUCGUUCAACGACACAAAUUCUUGGGAUGCCGAGCUUAAGAGGUGUGGCCAUCGAACUCAUGUACAUUGGCGGAUAUGCAGUCAAUUUCCUCACGGUGCAAGCCAUUUUUGUGCAGAGCAGGUUUACCUACUGCAGUCUGAAUCCUGUUAUUUUUUAUGGUGGUCAGUUGCCAAAAAAAAUCAGUGGCCACGAAAAAGAAACUAA